AUGGCGAUCAAGCACAACAACCAGAUUCUCAACCAGCACUUCCGCAAGGACUGGCAGCGUCGUGUGCGCGUGCACUUCGACCAGCCUGGCCGCAAGCACCGCCGUCGUGAGGCCCGUCUUGCGAAGGCCGCCGCUGUUGCCCCUCGUCCGGUUGACAAGCUGCGUCCCGUUGUGCGUUGCCCUACUGUCAAGUACAACCGCCGUGUCCGUGCCGGUCGUGGAUUCACUCUCGCUGAGCUGAAGGAAGCCGGAAUCCCCAAGAAGCUCGCUUCUACCAUCGGUAUCGCCGUUGACCACCGCCGUGUCAACUACUCCAAGGAGUCGCUGGUCGCCAAUGUUGAUCGUCUCAAGGACUACAAGGCCCGCUUGAUCCUCUUCCCCCGCAAGAGUGGUCAGUUCAAGAAGCUUGACUCUUCUGCUGAAGAGGUCAGCGCUGCCAAGGCUGCCUUCGCCGCUGAGGGCAAGACUGAGGGUUAUGCCACUCGCGCCAAUGCUACCCUUCCCAUCAAGAACCUCACUGCUGAGGAGGCUGUCACUGAGAUCAAGCGUGAUGACCUGCCCAAGGGUGAGGAGGCUGCCUACCGCCGUUUGCGCGAGGCCCGCAGUGAAGCCCGCCACAAGGGUAUCCGGGAGAAGCGUGCUAGGGCUAAGGCCGAGGAGGAGUCCGCCGCCAAGAAAUAA